AUGGUGAACGCCCUGAAUGGAAACUGCCCGUCUCCCUUUUUACAGGAGACAUUAUUCCCUUCCGUCGGUGGAUUUAUCGAUGGCCGUUAUUGCGAACAAGUGACUCUCGGCAACAGUACUUAUUCUUGCUGCUUGCCAUGCCCUCUCGCUGAAUGGCGAUAUGACACUGACUUACAUGCUAAAAUCGAUGUCGCAAGCUGGAUCAGUGUCGCCAUUCUCCCUCUGUGUAUUUUCCUGUUAGUUUCAUAUGCCGUGCUGCCUGUCAAAUGGACUCAUCGUCAUUACUUGAGUAUUUGCUUUACAUUGGGAAUCUGUUGCAUGGAGAUUGCCUUCAUCAUCCCUCUCGGUGCUAAACCAGAACAGUGUUACAAUGCAAUCACCCCCAAUGACAUGCACUCUGAUCUUUCGUGUGCCUUCUCUGGCUCGCUAUUGCUAUUCGGUGGUUGGAUGGUCGUUAUAUGGAGUUUCAUCCGCACCCUCGCAUUCCACCUCCAAGUAUGCUGGGAGGUAGUCCUAGGGCCGAAGUUCAUGUGGAUAGCCUUUGUCAGCGGAUUUGGUAUACCUGCAAUCGGACUCGCAGUGAUGCUCGUGCUCACAGGUGUAUCCUUCCGAUUCGGAGAAAUCUGCCAUAUCAACGUGACCAACUCACUAUACGAUUACUGGAUCCCAGUCAUGAUAUUCGCCGCUGCAUCCCUCUUCUUCCAACUAUCGACAAUGAUCUACUGCAUUCACAUCUAUCUCCGCUCUCUCUUCGACAAAUCCGCCGCCUCAUCAACAGGCAGCUCCGGCCUCCCCUCCUACACAAGCAGCGUCCGCACAGUAACAGCCCGACAAGCCUACCGGCGUGUGCGCCGCGUCCUCCAGCUACAAUGGCGCGGCGUCGCCCUAGUCUCCAUCAUCAUCGCCAACGUGAUUUUCUUCGCAGUCGUCUUCAUCAACCUUGACAACGCCGUCGCCCCAACCGCCCGCAACGUCAAAACAGCCACCCCCUGGCUGGUGUGUCUCGCCACAACCGGCGGCGACAGAGCAAGCUGCCGCACCUACGCCGAGGCCAUCGGUCCCAACGAAGCCACCCUCCUAGCAGUCGUCAUCCUGCUCUCCCUGGUCGGCUUCUGGAACUUCAUUCUUUUCGCCCGCCCCUCGAUGUUCGUCGGCUGGCUGGAUUUCUGUCGCAGCAGAGUUCGCGGCCGCAAUGAGUUUGUGUCCGCUGAUGCGAACAGCCGUUUCGCUGAUCACAAGGGCUUCGAGAUGCUGACUACGACCGUCAAGACGCCGGAAGCUUUCAUGCGCUCGCCAAGCCCUACACAGAUGGAUGCCCAGGACCGCAGCCGCAGCCCCAUGGCUAGUCCGAGUCCGACAUUCGAGCGCGCUGUUCAUCUCGGCCAGGAGGCCCGAUAUGUUCGUCCUUCUUUGAGUUUCUCGGGGCCAAGGUCGCCUAGUUCGCAGGCACGCGGAUGGGACCAUCAAUCUACGUUUGCGCCGGGUCAUGAGCGAGAAUAA